GGGGGGACGGGUUCGGGCAAUCCAGCAAGCCGCGCUGGAAAAGGUGUGGCGGGUCGUGGGCCAGCAGUUAGAGCCAGAGUCCAAACGAUCCCGCGGGGAACUAGCCUCUGUGCCUCGGGAAUGCUGCCGAACCGGCCUGGAUUUGGCCUGCGCCUCUGGUUCCAUUUGCAGGUCGGUGGAUUUUUCUCUUCCGCAAAUCUUCCCCGCCCACCUUGUCGUGGAUUCCUUUCCCGAAAAUACCUGCACUUCAACACUGAAGAGAUCUUUGUGAACGAACUUACCUUCGCUCCAGCUCUCGCUUCCUUUACGUAAGGAAAAAAAUAUCGGUACAAAGAUCUGCCUCCACUCCAGACGCAGCUGUGUCUAAGCAGAGACUUGGCUUGAUUGACAGAAUCACCCGCAUGAGGCGCAACCUACACUCCUCCGACUCUCUCUCCAAUGGCUUCUCCUCACCUUCUCCAGAUCGAGACCCUUCAAAUGGGGGUAGCAGUGAGGACAUCCUACCUUUCCCGGGUAGCCUGACAACAGUGAUUGCUUCUUGCAGGAGAAGGUUAGGAAGGAGGGCCAUGGCUGAGAACCGGAGCACUAUUAAGGUGGAUCUUCCCAACCAACAGCGAACAGUGGUCACUGUCCGGCCAGGUAUGACUGUAUAUGACUCCCUAGACAAGGCCCUGAAAGUGCGUGGACUUAACCAGGACUGCUGUGUUGUUUACAGAAAAAGGGGUGAUGGGCGAAAAACCAUCACAGAUUGGGAGACAGACUUGGUCAAUCUGGAAGGGGCUGAGCUUUCUGUAGAAGUUCUGGAGAAUGUUCCUCUUACUAUGCACAAUUUUGUUCGCAAGACAUAUUUCAAUUUGGCCUUUUGCGAUUUCUGCCUUAAGUUCAUAUUCCAUGGCUUUCGAUGUCAAACAUGUGGCUACAAGUUCCACGAACACUGCAGUAGCAAAGUGCCUACAGUAUGCGUGGACCUGGCUACAACCCACAAACCUGUUUACAGCCAUGAAUUGUGUCAAGACAAUAUCCCCACAACCUUUAUCCAGCCUAGCUACAAACCCAUGACCCCUCAAGCAGUCAGCUCAAACAAGCAGUCACCCCUCAAUCAAGAUGCCUUCAAUUUUCCCAGCCUUCUCAGCGAUGGGCGUCUACAACGACACCGCUCAACUUCUACCCCUAAUGUCCAUAUGAUCAGCACCACCAGUCCUGUGGACAGCAGCAUCCUUGAGGUCAUAUCCAGGAACCACAACACAGAUGCAGUGGGUGGGCCUGAGUUGUUUCCUAGCACCCCACCAGCCCCCUCAGUUGCCGUUUCUCCUGGUCGACGUUCUCCACACUCCAAAUCCCCAGGCGAGUCUCCGAGAGAGCGCAAGGUGCCUUCUGAAGACAAGAAGAAGCCUAAAACCUUGGGUUAUCGGGACUCAAGCUACUACUGGGAGGUUUCCCCGAAUGAGGUCACCUUGCAGAAACGCAUUGGGGCUGGAUCCUUCGGCACUGUUUUCAAAGGCCGCUGGCAUGGGGACGUGGCAGUCAAGAUCCUCAAGGUCACCAACCCCACCAGUGAGCAAGUGCAAGCCUUCAAGAAUGAGAUGCAGGUGCUUAGGAAGACGCGUCAUGUCAACAUACUGCUCUUUAUGGGGUUCAUGACUCGACCCAGCUUCGCCAUCAUCACCCAGUGGUGUGAAGGCAACAGCCUUUAUCAGCAUUUGCAUGUACAAGAAACACCCCUAGAGAUGGUGCAACGGAUUGAUGUGGCCCGACAGACAGCACAGGGCAUGGAUUACCUUCAUGCUAAGAACAUCAUCCACCGGGACCUCAAAUCUAAUAAUAUCUUCCUGCAUGAAGGCUUGACAGUGAAGAUUGGUGACUUUGGCCUUGCCACAGUGAAGACACGUUGGAGUGGCUCACAGCAAGUGGAACAACCCAGUGGUUCCAUCCUCUGGAUGGCAUCAGAAGUGAUUCGAAUGCAGGAUCCCAAUCCUUACAGCUUCCAGUCAGAUGUCUACUCCUAUGGAGUCGUCCUCUAUGAGCUGCUCUCCGGGACUCUUCCGUACAGUCAUAUCAACAACCGGGACCAGAUCAUAUUCAUGGUUGGUCGGGGAUAUCUGUCCCCUGACCUUAGCAAGGUGCCAAGCAAUUGCCCCAAAGCCAUGCGCAGGCUAAUGAGUGAUUGCCUUAAAUUCAGUCGUGAAGAAAGACCCCUCUUCCCCCAGAUUCUGGCCUCCAUUGAGUCACUUCAGCACUCUUUGCCCAAGAUCGAGCGCAGCGCCUCUGAACCUGCAUUGCACCGUGUGGUCCACAACUGACCACUUCAGCUCUGUGGCGCUGCAGCUGAUGUGAAUUCAGAGAGUGAGGCUGCUGAGGGCCACGCAGUCCUUGAGGCCAGUAGCUGCUGUGCUCAGCCCUUCCGUAAAGCUGAUGCAGUGGGGGCACCUGGCAUUGCAUUGUCUUUUCUACACCUAUGGACAGAGGAAGCCCCACUUUUUUCUGUGGCCUGGUUUUUAUUCAACUCUUAGUCCUACGGCUUCAAGGAAUCUCCAAACAGCAGCUGCCAUGUUGUAAAGAGCCCACCGUGAGGUGAUUUGGGCUCCAUCUUCUCCAGGAGCACUUUUUAAACGGGCUCAACCUGUUUCAGGAACUCUUGUUCGUUUGUUUUGAAAGUCAGAAAGAAAAGUGUAAAAAAGAAACAUGAUGAUUAAAAAAAGCAAUAACAGUGAAACUACAGUGUGAGGCUUGUAGACAUUCCUUAUAAGAAGCAAAGUGGAGAAUUAUCAAGCAAUAAUAUCAUAGAAUAUUAAGGCCUGUCUGGUUCAGGGACUUCUUCUGUGUGUUCAGUCCUGUCAAAUGACAGAUUUAAGACUCCGUCAACAACAAAAUCUUGCUAACUUGUUUCAUUUCAAGAGCUUCUGGAGAGUAAAAAUUUGCAGUAGGAAGCUGCUGCUAGAAUU